CCAGAACAUCCAUCGAAUAGGUUGGCUGUGUGGAAUGUGGGUGUUCGUUUUGUCCCCUGGCAAUGGCGGGCAUGUUAUUUCUGUAGAAAGCCCAACCCAAUUGUCCAUGUAAUCAGCCAAACAUUUCAUUACUGUUAGAAAAAGAAAGCCCGAAAGCCAAUCUCUGCUACUCUCCUGAAUCGGAUUUCAAGUAUCGACCUUUCUUCCCCAACUUUGUUAUUCAUUUCCUUUUCCCCUCUUCUUCCCCUGCUUUCCUGUUUCAUGCAGCUCUUCUUUCUGGAUUUCCCUGCGUUUGUUUUGAGUUCUCUAGUCGCCUCCAUCUUUAGCCACUCUUCCUUGUCUGGUUAUCCUUAGUCUCUGCUGUCUUGUUAGAAGUCGCCCCAAUACCAUUCCUUUCCCGGCGGCUCUUCUUGCUCGGUGGUUGAGGCAGAGGUACUCUGUUCAUCUUCUAUCGGAAUCAUUGUGCCUUUUCUUUUAGCUGUGGGUUGUUGUUCUUGCGAAGCUUUCAUGAGUUCGUUGAAAUUCAGAUUAUUUAUUCAUCACACUUAACCUAAAUGUUCUGCAAUGCAAUAACGCAUCCAUGGGAAUGAUGAUCACUUGCUGACAUUAGUUGACAGGGUAAUGGGUUUAGCAACAGUUCACUUGGCUUAGUUAUGUAGAAUUUUUGUUUCGUCCUUUGUGCAAAUACAGGGUUCCAUGGAUGGAUUUGCAGCUUGUGGUGGGUUAGCAGAUUCUUUACUAUGGUUGCAUGAUGAUUUCAACCCCCAGCAAUACAACAAUUCAGUUUCUAUCGAUGCUCAGCCAUCAAGUUAUGUUGGGAGUCCAAUAUCAGCUAAGCGAAAAGUGAGAGAGAUAGAACGAAGAGUUACAUGGAGCGGUUCAUCAGAACCAUCAAAUGAGGACGAAGAAGAUGCUGAAACAGAAGCAGGACCUUCUGAGCAGAGCACUAACCCUGCUGUUGAUGUCAAACGUGUUAGAAGGAUGGUUUCCAACCGGGAGUCUGCUAGACGAUCGCGAAGAAGGAAACAAGCUCAUUUGGCUGAACUGGAAUCGCAGGUAGAACAACUGAUAGGAGAAAAUGCAGCUAUGUACAAACAGCUUUCCGAAGCUACUCAACAGUAUCGUGAUGCUGAUACGAGUCAUCAGGUGCUGAAAUCGGAUGUUGAAGCCUUGAGAGCCAAGGUUAAGUUGGCUGAAGACAUGGUAGCUCGUGGAACGUUUAGCAGUACCAUGAACAUGCUCCAUCCAAAUAACCCACCUGCUGUAACACCUCAGCUUCUGAACACUCCCGACCUUCAUCCUCCUCGAAUGGCAAACGUGUCGCCAACCAUAACAGUACAAGGAGAUGAGAUAUCGUACGACGGACUCAAGAUUCCAGCACAGAAUUCUGGACUCGGGAUGGGGAUUAAUAACGUCGACCUCAGCAAUGGAAGUAUCAACAACGCUGUUCUUAACGAGGUUGUCAGCUGUGUAUCAACAGAUAUCUGGCCUUGAACCAGGUUCCUUCACAUCACCAUCUUCUUACAAUGUACAGUCUGGUAAUUGGUUAUCUGUUGUUAUGCAUCACAUUUGAAUAAGUGUGCCUCCGUGCA